GCAUGAAAAGCGGAAAAGCUCUCCAAGUGCCAGUUGAUUUCUUGUCGCGUCGCAGGCCAAACGUUUUCCUAUUUUUCUGGGACACAAAACAAGCGUGUGAAUAUAGGAAAUAUAUUAAUGAGUCCCACACCAUCGACAAGGUCUACCAAUCGCUCUAUUGAUUGAACGUUAGAUGACGGAUAAAUCUAAAUAAUAACCGUUUAAAUGUCGUGACUCUGGCAAUCCUACGUGAAAUUAAACUAAUUAGUGGAGAAUAUUACGCAUACGCCCCACAAGCAAACACAAAUUCGCUAAAACGACAAAGGUGUCACUGUGUCCUGAGUGCGUUCGUGUUUGUGCUUCUGGCCACCUGAAACCAGUUGGAACUGGUUGGUCAAUCGGCCAACAGCCAUAAAUGUGGGCCAAAUAAAAAUGCAAAAAAAUUUCAUAUUCAUGAGUUAUAUAUCUUAUUAAAUGAACAGCGGGACGUAUAUAUAAAAAAUUAUCUCUUUAAUAGUGAUAAAUACUAUCAAUAAAAAAAAAAUCAAAAAACCACUACAUUCUUAAAAAAAUUAGAAUAUAUUCAACUAUUUGGUACCACAAAAAAACGUUUUAAAAAAAGUGCAAACUAAAUGACUGUUAAUGCUGGCAAAAUAUUUAGAUCGAGCGUGAAAUUUUCCAGCGAAUCGCGUUCAGUCUGUCUAUUUUAAUAUUGUGCAAAAUGGAUUAAAAUGUGGAACCCACAAAAUGUAUAAACACGAAUCAAAAAAAUAUUAAUCUACCAUUUCAGCGUUUAGCUUGCUUAGCUGUAGAAAUCGGUCCUCAUGUAUCUAUAUGUAUGUAUCUGCCAUACUCAGAUCCUGCACGAAACCCAAAUCAUUCUUGAAAAUAAAACAACAGAUAAAUACACAAACACAAUGCAUUCGUAGAGUGGAAUUACAGCCAAGGUCAAGGGCCGUAUAUCCCAUGACCUAGUACAAAAACAAAGAAACGAACCCAGCACGCGCAGCACCCUCUCUACAUGAAAAUCUAAUUUUAUAAUUUUCGUGGCUCUUCGUCUUGUUUGGUUUUUAUUUUGGCAAAGCACAGAACGCAAAAUUUUUAUGUCAUUAGCUUGUUUAUUUUUGGCCAGAAAAUGAAGCGACAUUUUCCUUUUGGUCGUGUGUGUUAUUAUCCCUCACACUUGUCUUGGCUUCUUGAUUGUUUCGCUCGUUCGCUUAUUGUUUGUAUUAUAUGUGUGUUUCUCGGGUCCUCAUUUUAUGAUGGACAUUAUUGCUGUAACCGGGCUCGUAAAAAGAAUUAAUUAUAGUUGGGCCAGCCACUUGAAAGUGUUGUAAAAAUAUUUACGAUCCAUUCCAUUGUUGUUCUCCAUUUGAUUCUCGCCUCUGUUGAUGGCUUGCGUGAUUGACUUGGUUGAUGGAUUCCAAAAGGGGCAUCAGAUGAAGGGAAUCGGCUCCGGGUGUUGAAGGAAAUGCCCAAGUGGCUGCGAAAGGAAUUAUGCUUAAGUAAUGCAUUUUGGCAGUAUACUCAUCUGCGCAACGGGCGGAUGGUUAAUCUGAUGAUUGGCUUGGCAAAAUCGUUUCAUCAAAACGAUUUGCCUUAAACUUUAUGGGCCAAUUAUUUUUUGAAUUAUUGCUAGCUAUUCAAGAUUUUAUUAACUUCAAUGCAUACUGGCGUUCAGUUUGUUUUAGAAAAAAAAACAUUUCUAAUUGGAAUUCUUCAAAUUUCAAAACAUAUUUGCAAAAUGAUUGUUAGCUGAGGAAAAUAUUUUUGGCAAUUUCAAAGUGCUUUUCAUUUACUUUGUUCGUUUCCAAAAUAGAUUAAAAUUAUGAGAUCAAUUUGUCACAAAAUAUGUACUCUUAUUAUAAGUGUUAUAAUUAUUUCAUUUAUUAAAAUAAUAUUUUGUAGCCUGAAAAUUCUGUAAAGUUUAAAUGGUAAUAUUGAUUUGAAUUAUUGCUAGCUGUAUAAAAUUUUAUUUUAAUUAAAAGAGUAAUAUUGCUGAAAGUUUGCUGUGGAAAAACAAAAUUGCCCUUAAUUUCGAUUCGAUUUUCUUUGUUGACUUUUCGAAAAUUUUAAUUGAGCUCUUUGUUGUUAAUGCUUAAUUUAAUCCAGCAAGCUGUUUAUAAUUGACCCCAGCAUACUGUUAGCUAAGCACUUUUCAAUUUGUGCCCGCCCACGUAUCCCGCCACGCCCACUUGCUGUUCCAGCGAACAGCUGUCUAAAUUUAUCGCACCAAGGCAAUCAAUAAGCGACCAUAAAACUAAUUGCGCCGUGUCUUGAACUAAUUAAACUCGCACAAACACACAGUCGUAAUUGCCGAGCAUUUGGAAUUUUAUUUGGUCUAUUUUUCCCCUUUUUUUUUGCGCUCCCUACGUGUUGUAGGGUAACUUGAGCUCGAGUUCGCGUAUCCUGCAAGUGCUAAGUAAUUUUGAGCCGGAAACUGGCAAUUUCCGCUUGCCGUUGCCACACUCGCGCCUACUUGCACACACAUUUCUGUUCUCGUGUACGCUCACUUAGUCCCGUCCAAAUAACAAAGCAAACAAAAAGCGGUCGGGUCGGCGAGAGCUGAGCGUUAUUCAAAUGAAACGACAGUAACGACAAAUCAGAUAACAAAGAGGCCAGGCACACGCACCGCCACACAGACAAAAACACAGACAAACACAACCCAUCCUGAGGGUGGUCAACAAUUAGGAGAAACCACAAUAAACCACCACCAGCACCACCACCACCACCGGCACAGCACCACCGCCAUUAUCAACAAGUUCACCCCACCAGACAAACGCAUCCGAGGAAGAGCCACCGAACUCACGAUGAAUUUAAUGUUUCGCAAGAAUUUUCGCGAGGGAGCCAGCAAAUCGGGCGGCGGCGGAGGGAAGCUCCAAUCGAAGGCGAACAGGACGAAGCGCUCCCGGGACAUGGGACUUGUCCAGCAGCCGGAGGAGAUCCACUACAGGACCCACCUGUUCUUCUCGCCCAACCGACCCGGCUACGAUGUGGGCGAAGAACGAUGUAGCGCCCUGUCGGGCAUCCCGAGCACCCCGCUGUCGAGCACCGCCCCCUCGCUGGCCCUGCCCGGCAACCUGCCCUACGAGCUGGACAUUCCGCAGCCGCUGGUCGACCGCCGGCCGUCCGUCUCGUUGAUGCGCUGGAACAGCAGCAGCGGACCGGGUACGGAGAGUGGCAGCAACAGUGCUAGCAACAGCCUGAUCCGCCUGCAGCAGCAGCAGCAGCUACAGCAGCAGCUACAGCAGCAGCUACAGCAGCAACUACACCAGCAACUGCAGCGGCAGCAGCAGCAGCAACAGCAACAGCAGCAGCAACAUCUAUUGGCAACAGCAACAGCAACAACACUGGGGUACGCUGAUGCAACGGUGGCCACGGCAACAACAACAUUGCUAGCGGCCGCAGCUGCAGCCACGCGGCAAGUGAACUUUGGCGGUGGCGCCAACUCGGGAGUCACACGAGCGGAGCCCAUCUCACUGGCCACCCUGGAUCGCGACUGCUUCAUCAUUCCCGUGCACAGUGUGGAUCGAUUCCUGCCAGCUGGCAUUCCGCUGCCCGCUUUGAAUGCCGAGGGUAAGGCCACCAGUCCGCUGAGCGUGUUGGAAGUGUCCGAUCCGAAGCUGUGCAUCCUGGUGCAUUUGAUGAGUCCCCUGGAGGCCAUCGAUCCGGUGAUGGAGUCGCCUCUAUCGCAUCCGCUACUGAAGCAGCGCUCCAUUGCCGCCGAACUGGUGACCGAGGUGCAGCAGGCCAACACGGCUGUGGGUGGUAUGCUGCUGGCCAAUAUGGAGAAGAACUCCGAGUUCCCCUUCAUCUCGUACUACCUGAUCAAUACGCUGCAAACGGAUCCUUCCAGCUUCUAUGCCGGCCUGCGCGUCUCCUCGCUGUCCAAGUUCGAGCCAAAGGCCCUCAAAUACACUGCCGCCCACACCCUGGAUCUCUAUAGCGAGGUGGCGGCCAUUUGCCGGCCGCCGUUGGUUUUGCCCUCGAACGAGGCCGGCAGCUUCAAGAAAUCGCAGACCGCGGCCACCGGCUACAUUAUUAGCGUGUUCAAGGUUUUCGAGGGCGACGAUGGCGAACGAUUCGAAAAGAAUUGGCUCUACUGGACAGGCGCCCGCAUGCUGUACAGGUAUUUGCCACGUGCAGCGGGACUGCGGCGCAUCGCGCUGCACAAGAGCACCUCGCAGAAGGGCGACAAGAUGUACCUGCUGGUGUGCGAGUGUGCCGACCUGCUCAAGGACAUCUCGCUGGCCGCCUUCCUGAUUCCGGCACUGCGAGCCCGGCUCUGCGGAUACACGGGACUCUAUCGACCAAUACAGGCCUUCUAGUUGCCGGAACCACGUAUAUUUUCUACAUAUUUCCUGUAAAUAGUGGAUCUAGCGAUGGGGCGGGCCAAACUAAAUGCGAAACAAACACUGCAAUGUGAAAGAAACUGCACCUGUUAAGUGAUUAUAUUUCAAUAUUUACUAGGCCUAAACAAAUUUUAAAACUCUCUACAGUCGAACACAGCUUUGACAAAAGCAAAUGCGGGAAGUGUUGUACUAACCCUCUUUUAGGCAUCUAACUUAAGUAGUAGACAAUAUACUCAAGGUAAUCCAUAUCGUGUGCUAGAUUUUUCUAUAAAUCGUAUAGAGGCAAGCCCAAUUAAUAGGACCAUAUCUAGUGUGAGUUGGUAGCGAAGAAAACUUCCAUUUUAGCCACAACAAAUAGAGAUUCAGUGGAAACUAAUUUAUAUCAUAGUUGUAAUCGCAGUAGUUAAUCACAAAUUUAACGCUGAAUUUUGCGCUGAAAAGUAGGCUAUGAAAUCUGCAAAUCAAAAGUCAAUUCUUAGCAUAAAAAAACUCAACUAGAAUGUCAGCUGGGGGGUAAAUAAAAUUGAACGGGUUUCAUCAGUGGGAUGGGGGAUUUAGCUAACUUUGCCCAAAUCUAACAGAAAUCUGCCAAAGACAUAGCAAAACUAAUCUUAAUUUGAUUCAACAAAUUGAUUAAAAUUUAACAUUUUUAUAAAUCUAAGCAAAUGAGUAAGCCAAAUAAGAUAUUCAAUCAAAAAAUUGACUAUUUAAUGCUUGGCUAUAGCUUGCCACUUAUAAUUUAGGAAAUAUACCAUACAUAUUAACAUACAUAUAUAACAAUUGUAAAUAGUUUGAUGAACUUUAAGGCACUUGCUCCGAACACACAAAAUGCGCCAGAUUCCUGGCUUGCAAUUGAGAACUAUAUAAUUUUGCACAAUAAAAACAGAAUCAAAAAGUGCUGUGAUAAUUAAACUAAAGCAGAGCAGAGCCACAAAAGCAAAACCAAAUAAAACCAAUGUAUAAUGGAUAUUCCCAGCCAUAGAACAUCAUUUCACCCAGUCAAAGACAAUAUCAUUUAGCUGCCUUUGAAUAUUCAGAGGACACUGGCUUAUUUUUUUCCAAAAUUAAUCCAAUUAUUUAGAUAACCUAGAAACAAACAACUUUCAAUGCUUAUGCUAAGCCUAAGGCCUAAGGAAAUAUUAAUUACCAAAUGUUCGCAAUUUUUUGUCACAUCUUAAGCUAUAAGCUUGGAGCAAACAAACGUUUGGCGCGUUUGGCAUUAAUAAUAAAGCGUAACAUUAAAAUAAA